AUGAGGCUGUUUGAAUUCUGCCAACAAACUUUCUUCACUUUUGCGGGAGAGACCUAUGAACAAAUCAAGGGAACCCCAAUGGGCUCACCGGUCUCCGGUUUGGUGGCAGAACUGGUCCUACAGGAGUUGGAAAAGAUUGCCUUCCUUCAACAUGAACCGGUGUUUUGGCGACGUUACGUUGACGACACGUUCGUCAUCGUAAAGAAGGACAUGCUGCAACAUUUUCACAGCCUGCUCAACGCAGUCUUCCCGGAUAUAAAAUUCACGAGAGAAGAAGAACAGGAGCAACAGUUGCCCUUCCUGGAUGUGCUCAUCAGACGAAACCUUAACGGUGAACUUGAAACGACGGUUUAUAGGAAGGCAACGAACACCACACAGCUUCUCAGUUUUCACAGCAACCAUCCGGUGGCUCACAAACGAAGCUGUGUGAAGACACUCUUCAAACGGAUCCAAACUCAUUGCAGCAAACUGGAAGAUAGAGCGCGUGAGGCCCGUUAUCUCCGCGACCAGUUUGUGCAAAAUGGCUAUCCGAGGGCAUUCAUAAUUCGCUGCCUACGCGGUCGCCAUCAGAGAACUCAAGCAUCAACGCCACCGACGAUAUGGCAUUCUCUGCCACACAUCAAGGUUGUUUCAGAAGCGACCGAGCGCAUUGCUGCGGAGCUAGGGGUUGGAAUCGCACACCGCCCCAAAGCCACCAUGCGCAACAGGGUCAUGAAGAUCAAAGACCGGUUAAAACCCGAAGAGCAAUCUGGAGUAGUGUAUCGCAUUCCGUGUCAAAAUUGUCCUUGUAAUUACACAGGACAGACUGGACGCAUGCUCGGAUCGCGCAUACAUGAACAUAAGCUGGCUGUGAGGCGAGGCGACGCAUUGUCACAAGUGGCCGCCCACACCUACGAAAUGGGUCACGAGUUUGACUUCGCAGCCACCAAAAUAGUUGCCCACGCCGGAAACAAAACAGGCCGAGAAUUGAUUGAAGCCUGGGCCUCGGAUGAGAACUCGGUCAAUCAAUUUAUCGAUCUGGCGCCGGCGUACAGAGCCCUUCGUAGUCACCUCCAGUCGUGCGACGUCGGUCGAUGA